GAGAGAAAAAAAAAAAAAAAAAAAACUGUGAGCCUGAGUUGCAGCAACUCCAACCUGGAAGAAGCUCAAGAGCACAAUAAACGAAGGAAAAAUAUUCAAAAAAAAAAAAAAAAAAAAAAACUAAACCUGAGAGGUAAUUGAACUGAAAUUGGGUAUUUGCUUUCUUCCCCAACUCAUCAGAAAUCUCUCAAGGCCAUUUCUUCCCAACAAAGAAGGGAAAAGGAAGAAUUCAGAACCCAACAACGGCAACCCUUUGCUGCAACUCUAUCGAAUCGAAGCAUAAGGGUUUUGAAAAGAAGAAAAUCCCAUUAUUUUAUCAUCAAAUCUUAUCCAUAUGGAUUAUCGAUUUCGACGAGACAGAAAGAAGCUCGAGAAUUGAGACCCAUUGGAGAUCGUCAUCCACCUCAGCCACAAAAAGAAUGUAAAAGCUAUAUAGUCUACAGAGGAGAGAACCCUCAAAGAGAAAAACUCAAAAUGGCUUCAGGUAGCAGAGCAACUAAUGCUCACGAAACCCAUCCCUUAGGGGGAAGCAGCGUCAAAUCCCACCGAGGAGACUCCAAGAGCAAAGCCAUUGCUCAGUUCACUGUAGACGCCCGCCUCCAUGCCAUCUUCGAACAGUCCGGCGAGUCCGGUAAGUCCUUCGACUAUUCCCAAUCCAUUAAAACCUCUACCCAAUCUGUUCCUGAACAGCAAAUCUCUACGUACUUGUCGAAAAUUCAGAGGGGUGGUUAUUUACAAUCCUUUGGCUGUAUGAUCGCCGUCGACGAGUCUACCUUUCGGGUUAUUGCUUACAGCGAAAACGUCAUCGAAAUGCUCGAACUUAAUCCCCAGUCAGUCCCCAUUCUCGAGGAAACUCAGACCCUUACGGUUGGUACUGAUGUCCGGACGAUUUUUGCACCAUCCAGCUAUCAUCUUCUUGAGAAGGCUUUCGGUGCUCGGGAAAUCACGUUAUUAAACCCUCUCUGGAUCCAUUCCAAAAGUUCCGGUAAACCCUUUUACGCCAUAUUACAUAGAAUUGAUGUGGGGGUUGUAAUCGACUUGGAGCCUGCGAGAACUGGGGAUCCAGCUCUGUCGAUUGCUGGUGCUGUGCAGUCGCAAAAGCUCGCCGUCCGAGCCUUCUCUCGUUUGCAGUCACUCCCCGGUGGGGAUAUCAAGCUUCUCUGUGAUGCUGUUGUUGAACAUGUGAGGGAGCUCACCGGUUAUGACCGUGUUAUGGUGUAUAAGUUCCAUGAGGAUGAGCAUGGAGAGGUUGUGGCUGAGAGCAAGCGACCGGAUUUGGAGCCUUAUAUCGGGUUACACUACCCUGCUAUUGAUAUACCCCAGGCCUCGAGGUUCUUGUUCAAGCAGAACCGGGUCAGGAUGAUCGCGGACUGCCACGCCACUCCUGUCGGGGUUAUUCAGGAUGAAGAGCUUAUGCAGCCUCUGUGCUUAGUUGGUUCAACGCUUCGGGCCGCUCACGGGUGCCACGCCCAGUAUAUGGCCAACAUGGGCUCAAUUGCCUCAUUAGCUCUGGCAGUAAUUAUCAAUGGGAAUGAUGAUGAGGGUACUUCUGGAAACUCUACGAGACUUUGGGGCCUUGUUAUGUGUCACCACACUUCCGCUCGAUGCAUCCCAUUCCCCCUCCGUUAUGCCUGUGAAUUCCUCAUGCAGGCUGUUGGGCUUCAAUUGAACAUGGAAUUGCAGUUAGCAUCUCAAUUGGCGGAGAAACAUGUUUUACGGACCCAAUCUCUUCUGUGUGACAUGCUUCUCCGAAAUUCCCUCACUGGGAUUGUCACCCAGAGCCCCAGCAUCAUGGAUCUUGUCAAGUGCGAUGGGGCUGCACUCUACUACCAAGGGAAGUAUUACCCGCUUGGUGUCACUCCUACUGAAGUGCAGAUAAAGGACAUCAUUGAGUGGUUGUUGGCUCAUCAUGGGGACUCAACAGGUUUGAGCACAGACAGCUUAGCUGAUGCUGGAUAUGCUGGAGCAGCAUCCCUUGGUGAUGCAGUUUGUGGAAUGACUGUAGCUUAUGUCACUUCUAAAGAUUUCUUGUUCUGGUUCCGGUCUCAUACUGCCAAAGAAAUCAAGUGGGGCGGCGCAAAGCAUCACCCGAAGGACAAGGAUGAUGGGCAGAGGAUGCACCCACGCUCUUCAUUUAAGGCGUUCUUAGAAGUGGUCAAGAGCCAUAGUUUGCCAUGGGAGAAUGCUGAGCUGGAUGCAAUUCACUCGUUACAGAUUAUGCUGCGAGACUCGUUUAGAGAUGCUGAGGGGAGCAAUUCUAAGGCUGUGGUCAACGACCAGUUUGGGGAUUUGGAAUUGCAAGGGGUGGAUGAGCUUAGCUCAGUUGCUAGAGAGAUGGUUAGGCUGAUAGAGACUGCAACUGCUCCUAUUUUUGCGGUGGAUUCCCAUGGCUGUAUAAAUGGUUGGAAUGCAAAGGUUGCAGAGCUUACAGGUCUUUCAGUCAAGGAAGCCAUGGGGAAGUCACUGGUUCAGGACCUUGUUCAUAAGGAAUCUGCAGAGGUUGCCGACAAGCUGCUAUUUCGUGCUUUAAGAGGUAAAGAAGAUAAAAAUGUAGAAAUAAAGCUCAGGACAUUUGGCUUGCAACAGCUUAAAAAGGCUGUCUUUGUAGUUGUCAAUGCCUGCUCUAGCAAGGAUUACAUGGGUAACAUUGUUGGGGUUUGCUUUAUUGGUCAGGAUGUCACUGGUCAGAAAGUAGUGAUGGACAAGUUCAUUCUUAUACAAGGUGAUUACAAGGCUAUUGUACAAAGCCCUAAUCCUCUAAUACCACCUAUAUUUGCAUCAGAUGAGAAUACCUGUUGCUCAGAGUGGAACACAGCCAUGGAAAAGCUCACUGGGUGGGGAAGAGGGGACAUCAUUGGGAAGAUGUUGGUGGGGGAGGUUUUUGGAAAUCACUGCCGGCUUAAGGGCCUGGAUGCUAUGACUCAAUUUAUGAUUGUGCUGCACAAUGCAAUUGCUGGGCAAGAUACAGACAAGUUUCCAUUUGCCUUCUUUGACCAGCAUGGGAAAUAUGUGCAGGUCCUCUUGACAGCAAAUAAGAGGGUUAAUAUGGAGGGCCGGAUUAUUGGUGCGUUCUGUUUCUUGCAGAUUGCAACCCCAGAACUGCUGCUGGCUCUGGAAGUGCAGAGGCAUCAAGAGAAGAAAUGCUUUUCAAGGAUGAAAGAGUUGGCCUACAUCUGCCAGGAAAUAAAAAAUCCACUAAGUGGGAUACGGUUUACUAAUUCACUGUUGGAUGCUACAGACUUAACAGAGAAUCAGAAGCAGUUUUUGGAGACAAGUGCUGCAUGUGAGAAGCAGAUGCUGAAAAUAAUUACGAAUGUUGAUCUGGAAAGCAUUGAAGAUUGUUCCUUGGAGCUUGACAAGGCUGAAUUUUUAGUUGGGAGUGUUAUAGAUGCUGUUGUUAGCCAAGUAAUGAUCCUGCUGAGAGAGAGAUGUAUACAAUUGUUCCGGGACAUUCCAGAGGAAAUCAAAGCACUGGCUGUUUAUGGUGAUCAAAUAAGAAUUCAACAAGUCUUGGGUGAUUUCUUGUUGAAUAUGGUGCAGUGUGCGCCAUAUCCAGGAGGUUGGGUAGAAAUUCAAGUUCAUCCUAGUUUGAGGCUGAUCUCAGAUGGAAUUGAGCUUGUGCAUCUUGAGUUCAGGAUUGUGUGCCCAGGGGAAGGUCUUCCUCCACAACUUGUCCAAGAUAUGUUCCAUAUCAGCCAGUGGGUAACCCAUGAAGGCUUGGCCUUGAGUAUGUGCAGGAAGAUUCUAAAGCUAAUGAAUGGUAAAGUCCAAUAUAUCAGGGAGUCUGAAAGAUGUUACUUCCUUAUAAUCCUUGAACUUCCCAUGCCCAGGAGCGGUUCCAAGAAGGCACACUAGUCUCUUCACAUUCUAACUCACUGGACUCGAGAGAAUUUCUCUUGUAGCCUGAAAUUGAUUUCAUGUUUCUGCAGUUUCCAUGAAUAGGUUGCUUGACCCCUGCUGACAAGGUCUCUGAGUACAAGCUUCCCUUAGCUGAUAAUAUGUAGUAAACAUGCCCAAAAUGAGUUACAUCCUUCUUAUGUAGGAAAUUUUAAUUUACUUUUACUGGUCUGAGGAUGGGCUGGGGGAGUGGACCCCAUUUAGUCGGGAACUUGGGAUAAGGCUGAGUUGAGUCGAGUUGAGUUGAGGUUGGUGGAGAAAUUGAAUUCUACUGUUGUACAAGCACUUCUUACUUCUUGUCUGACUCUUGAAUAACACUGACAAGGUUGUGCCAGUAUGUCUUUCAGCUGGAAGGCCCAAAUGAGAUGCAAUAAUAUUUUUGUGGUGGCUGUGCAGAGGCUUAAUAAUAUUGGAUCCUACUUGUAUAAUGAAGUUUCUUAGGUUCAACAAGAUGUACUGCAAUUUCCACAGCUUCAAGGAUCCUUCCCUCUAAUGCCUUGUUGUAGCUUAUUGUGUAUAAAACCUACUGUACUCUUGUCUUAUCAAUAUCUAUGCAACAUUUGAAUCAUCUGAACAUCUGAUCUCUGAGAAUUUUUUUUUUAGUAUGUUAUGUAUUAAUGUUUUGCGGCUUGACUGCCUGUGGUUGGAUUUAUCAUCUUUCUCUGUAAUAAAAGAAGUGCUUCAAUGA